GGAUUCUGGGAUACACACAGGAACACAGUUGACAGAGUUUGCCAACUGACUCUAUACUUCUGAACAGGACUGAGAAGAGCAGUUGAACAGGUAGAUGGAGAAGGCGCUGCCUAUUGGCCUGUCUCUGUUGCUGGGGCUCCUCCUAGUCAUGCCUGAGGUGGGGGGGCGGAAGGAAGAGUCCCAAAAGCGCCUUUCCCGCUCCUCAGAGCUAAAAGAAGGCCGCUGCUCCUACACAUUCAUUGUUCCCCAGCAAAAACUGAAGGGGGCGCUGUGCGUGAGCACCGAGUCCACCACCGGCGCCGCCAACCACUCAGAGGUAACGGCUCUGCGGGGGGAGUUGAACCGUCAGCAGGAACAGCUGGAGAAGCUGAGAGGCCAGCUGGAGCAGGAGGGGGCCCUGGUUACGGAGGUGCGGGCGCUACGGAAAGAGAGCGGCAGCAUGAACUCCCGCAUCGCCCAGCUCUACGCCCAGCUGCUGCACGAGGUUAUGUACAAGAAGGACCAGGUGGUCAAACAGAGGCGGGUCGAGAACCUACUGCUCAACGCCACCGCACAGAUGCUGCAGAUCUCCACUAGUUACAGGGAGCUGGAGAAGAAGUAUGGAGCCCUCACCUCCAUGAUGAGCAACCAGAGUCAGCUCAUCGCCCGGCUGGAGAAGCUGUGCCAGGCCACCAAGAACACUACCCCACCUCCACAGAUGACCUCUGAACCCCUGAGUAUCCAGUCCAGUGGGCCCCUGAAUGACAGCUCAGAGUCCAAGGAGAUGGCUAAUGAUGUUCAGAGAGACCAGGGCGCCCCUCCACUACAGCCACAGGAGGAGAGAGAACACCUGCAGGGGACAAAGGUGCUCCCCACCACCAUGGCCGACACCCCUACCGACGCCCCCUUCAUAAGCUUCCCUGUCACUAAGACCCCAGGACCCUGGAGGGACUGCCAGCAUGUGCUGGACUCGGGCGAGACCACCAAUGGGAUCUACCUGCUGCGUCCACAGAGCGCCAACCGGCUUCUGCAGGCCUGGUGUGAACAGACCAAGACCCAGGGAGGCUGGACCGUCAUCCAGAGGAGACAGGACGGAUCAGUCAACUUCUUCAGGACCUGGGAGCAGUACAAGCAAGGCUUUGGGAACCUGGAUGGAGAGUACUGGCUGGGUCUGGAGCACCUCUACUGGCUGACCAAGCAGGCCCACUACAAGCUUCGGGUGGCCAUGGAGGACUGGCAGGGCCGCCAGGUGUUUGCAGAGUACGACAGCUUCCGCUUGGAGCCUGAGAGCGACUGGUACCGUCUGAGGCUGGGGGAAUACCAAGGCAACGCCGGAGACUCAAUGUCCUGGCACAAUGACAAAGCCUUUACAACUCUGGACAAGGAUAAGGAUGCUUAUUCAGGGAACUGUGCCCACUUCCAGAAGGGGGGCUGGUGGUACCACAUGUGUGCCCACUCCAACUUAAACGGCGUGUGGUAUCGAGGGGGUCACUACCGCAGCCGCUACCAGGACGGGGUUUACUGGGCAGAGUUCCACGGGGGCUCCUACUCCCUCAAGACGGUCACCAUGAUGAUCAAACCCACCUAACCCUCUCCCCAUUGGUGGCACCUUAAUUGGGGAGGACGGGUUCGUGGUAAUGGCUGGAGUGGAAUAGUUUCAUGAUGCCAUUCCAUUCACUCCGUUCCAGCCAUUAUUAUGAGCCGUCGUCCCCUCAGCAGCCUCCUGUGUUAAACACACAUGUCAAUCAGGCAUCAGGGCAAUAUUAUGGUUCCGUCAUGGAUGAGGAAGGAUGUUAAUGAAGUUCUUAUAUGUUAAACAGGUAUGUUAAUAAGACAGCGUUAGACUGACAUGCCAACACAA